GGCUUAGAAUCUGUGUUCUCUUCCUUGCGUUCUAAACAAACUUAUUGACUUCUUUUCACGAUGUUAAUUCUUAAGCGUUCUGCCUACUACUUGGCAUUUUGUGUAGUUCUGACAAGAUACCUCUCGUCCGGCUCAAAUGAGGACUUGGAUAAAUGCUAUGGAGAAGAGAAUGCCGCAACAUAUUCCGCAUGGGAUGAAACAUCACCUACGAAUAUGCCCGACAUAGGAAAUACCUCCUAUGGACUGAAAGGUAGACUGGCGAUCGUCACAGGCGGUGCAAGUGGAAUCGGCAGGAGUGUUUGCUUAGUUCUGGCUCGCGAGGGUGCCACAGUCGUGGUGGCUGACAUAAACUCAACCGGCUCGAGUAUAACCCUCGAAAUGUUGAAAGUCAUUUCAGGGAACGAAAGCGAACACAUGACCGCUUAUGUUGAUGUAAGAAAUUCAACCUUGGUGAAAGAGAUGUUCCAAUGCGUCAAAGAUGCCUACUCUGAUAAGAACAUUAGCAUUGUGGUGAACAGUGCCGGUAUCAUGCACAAGCCGACGCUCCUGGUCAACUUGUCUGAAUGUUCAUAUGACAAUACAAUGAACACCAACCUAAAGGGAACGUUCCUUGUCACACAGGAAGCUGUGAAAUCCAUGCUGAGUGACAACGUCACACUAGGGGCCAUAGUGAACAUUGCCAGCAUAGUUGGAAAGGGUGGCUUCCCCACUGUGAGUGCGUACGCAGCAUCCAAGGGCGGCGUGAUCGCGUUCACGAAGUCCGUGGCCCGUGAGCUCGGAACGUCGAACAUCCGAGUCAACGUCGUCCUGCCCGGAGGCACCGAAACACCGAUGGCUCAGAAGUACUCCAACGAAACCAAGCGAAAGAGGUUGCAGGAAAUAGUGCCCAUGAAGCGGAACGCACAACCCCUCGAAAUAGCGGAAGUGAUCGUCUUCCUCUGCAGCAACAAGUCCUCUUACAUGACUGGAUCGCCCGUUGAUGUAGCGGGCGGAACGUACAUGUAAAUGGUACGCGUCACCCAAAGACAUUUACGUUCUUGGUCUCGCUUUCUCUCGCGGCUUCAAGCAAUAGGCUCCUUGCACAGGACGUCAUUUCCGUUGCCCUCCAAAGAAGAGGGGAAGAAGGAGCUCCCCUCUUAUCAGGACAGUCCUUUGUACCUCCCGAAUUUGUACAGGCGUCGCUAUUCUCCCCCCAGAAGAUUAUAGAAGAUUAACAUGUCACUCAAAAUUCUUACAAAAGCAGCUUCCCUCUCCUCCUCUUACUUGGUGUUCAAAAGUGUGCGAUGUGACGUCAGUGCAAGGAGCCUAUAAAUAAGACACCUGGAGUCUUAAGACAAACAGCGGGAGCAAGGGAUGUCUCCUGCUGCGAUUAGUCAGCUGUGAGCAGACGGCGAUGUUCCGGCGCCUAUCCGUGCUCCCCAUCUAUUUCUUUCAGUUAUAUAAAAAACGUUUUUAUUAACC